GGCUAGUGAGUAUAUAACCUGUCCAACAGCUCUUGGACAUCGUUUCCAGGUCACCAACCAUUUUCCCACCUCAGUCUCUCUUUUUUGGUCUUUCGCCAAGGGCAUUUCACUCGUUCUUUACCCUUGAACAUAGACAGUCUAUCCUUACAUUUUUUUAAUUUCAAACGUACAGCCUAAUCACCAUGCGUUCAAGCAUCGUCCUCCUCGCCACCUUGGCGACCUAUGCUCUCGCUCUCCCUACCAACCUGGCCUUUGACCGGAGGGGUGUUCAGCUCACCAACGUGGUCGCUGAUGUGGUCGCUGAUAUCGAGGCCGACCUCACUCCCUUUGUCAACGGCCUGCUCGGCAUCCACACCGUCAGUGGCCUUGGAGCGAAGGGAGCCGCUGCCUUGGAGGGAUGCGCCCUCGGCCUCAAGGCUGGUCUGUUCGAUGCCGGUGCUAAGGCACAGCUGCACGCUUGGCUGAGCGGCUCGUCUGCUGUAUUCUUCGAUGCUUCUCUCAAGACUGCCGUGAUGGAUUGGUGCACGGGUGACGACUCUCUGACUGUCUCCGUGGACGUCGUUGCCGGUUUGUCUAUGUAUGUCCCGGCGACUGCCCAGGUUGCUGCCCAGGGCGGCCUUACUGUCACUCUCGACGGUGUCGUCACUGCUGCCGAUGUUAAGAAGCACGCAGUCAUUGGUGUCUCUGCUCAGGCGUCUCUUGCUGCUUUCCUUUCCUCAGCAGUUGGCCUUGAUGCCAAUGUCAAGGCUGGUCUUCACCUCGGUGCCGCUGGUGGUCUGUCUCUUGGAUUGUCUGCGGAUGUCAAGGCCGCUCUUCAGGCCUACGUUUCCAGUGCUGACUGCGCUCUCUCGGUUGAGCUGAAGACAACUGUUCUCAACUGGCUCAGCGGCACUAUUGAAGGUGCUGUUGUCGCCAUUGAGGACCUCGUCGAGACCGCCCUGUCCUCCCUCUCCGUCGGUGCUUCCAUCUCUGCCCACGUCGAGGCCGGUGGUGCUCUGUCUAUUGCCGCUCAGGCUUCUCUGGGAGCCUUCCUGUCUGCCGACGUCUCCGCAAAGGUCGACGCUGAUAUCAAGGCCUCUCUCCAGGUUGCUGUCCAGGGUGGACUGGCCAAGACCCUGAGCGUGGAUGCCCGGGUUGCUCUGACUGCUUGGCUUGCUAGUGUCGACUGCCAGCUUACCGCUGAGCUUAAGGGAAUUCUGCUCUUCUGGCUCAACAUUGGCUCCGAGGUUGACAGCGUUGUUACUCUCGCUGUUGACGAAAUCUCCAAAAUCACUGCUUUCCUGGAGAGCAGCGUCGGCACCUCCCUUAGUGCUGUCCUCCGUGGCGCGAUUGCUGUGGCUGCUGCGGGUGAGGAUGUUCUCUCUCUGUCUGCAGAUGCCGUCGCCGAGCUGUCUGCUCUUCUUUCCGGCUCCGUUAACAUCGACAUUGAUAUCGACGUCAAGAUCGCUCUUAUCAACUGGACCACUCGUACCGCUACCAGCAAGAUCACGUCCACCACCGGUACCGCUACCUCCGUGCCUGCUCUCCCCAGUGCCAGCGCCGUGAAGGUGCCAACCGCCUCCAUGGUUAGCAAUGUCAAGCCUGUUCCCAGUGUCUCUGCCCCUGCUGUCAACGUGCCCAGCGCCUCUACCGUUGUCCCCGACGUUCCUGUUGCGUCUGCUCCCGCUGUCAAGGUGCCCAGUGCCUCAUCUGUUGUCGUUCCCAACGUUCCUGUUGUGUCUGCGCCGGCCGUGUCUGGCGUUCCCAGCGCUUCCGUUCCCACUCUGAAGAGCGUCGCCAGCAGCGUCCCCAGCGGUGUUUCUGGCAUCACCAACAACAACAGCGACAACAACGUCCCCAGCCUGCCCAACGCCACUGGCACCCCCAGCAUCCCCGUUGGCGGCUCUACUUCGACCACCAGCUCUAGCGUGACCGAGUCCUCCAGCGUUAUCUACCGCGGCGGUAAGACCGUCGUUGGCUCCAGCGAGAUGGAGAGCAGCACCAGCUGCACCUGCCAGCAGAAGUCGAACUAAAAGGACUAAAACUCCUUUUCUUUCUUCUCGACUCAGCUAACGAACGAACGGUUUCUUCCAAGAUGUCAAAAUAUAAAUCAAGAGUAAAUAGAUUCUGCCUUUUCCCCUGGCCCAUUCUUCAUCUCUCCAGUCAGUGGCGGGCGACGCUUCCACCAAAUGGAACGAAGGGAGGAGUUAAAACUUGAGCGGAGGCCAUCUUGUAUCUAGCUUUACGUUCAAUUUU